AUGGUUGGAUAUAACCUUUGGAAGAUAGGAAAGUAUGUUGAUAAUCAUAGGUGUGAGACUGAAGGGCUUAUGACAGGUCAUGCCAACCUAGAUACCAAUUUGAUUGCAUCCUUGUUUCUAAACAAAAUUCGAGAAAAUCCCAAGUUGUUAGUAGUAGAUGUCAGGACUCAGGUUCACGAGAAAUUUGGUCAUCAAGUCACAUACAAGAAAGCGCGGCUUAGGCGUCAACGCGCAUUUGAAUUGGUGUAUGGUGACUUUAAAAAAUCAUUUAGUGAGCUUCCUAAAUAUUUUGCAGCUUUUCAGCACUUUAAUCAUGGAAUAGCUGUGGAAUGGAAAUACGUAGAGUCUACGAGUUCACUAGAGGUAAAAACUUUCAAGUUUGUAUUUUGGGCUUUCAAGACGUGCAUUGAUGGAUUCCAAACGUGUCGCCCGGUUAUUUCAGUAGAUGGAACUCAUAUGUAUGGAAAGUAUGACAUCAAAUCAUUAAUUGCUGUUGGAAUUGACGGAAAUGAUAACAUUCUUCCUCUAGCAUUUGCUAUUGUUGACAGGGAGUCGAAAGAGGCAUGGAAAUGGUUUUUUAGGAAUCUGAGCGCACAUGUGAUAAAGGAUAGAGAAGAUAUAUGUGUGAUCUCUGAUAGGGCAAAAGGAAUUUUGGCUAGUUUGUCGGAGUUGUGGCGAUAUCAGGAGCCUCGGUCCUUCCAUCGAUUUUACCUAAGGUUAAGAGCAACUUUCAAUCUCGAUUUCCAAACAAGGACUCAGUAA